AUGGUAGUAGACAAAAUACCAGAGAAAAAGAAGAUAUUCAGCAGGAUUAUAGAUGAAAUCUUGAAGAUUAAUGAAGAUAUCAGAGUACAUGGCCUUGCUCUUCAGAUCUCAUAAAACUCAUUUAGCAACAAAGUCCUCAAUGCCUUGAAACAUGAAAAAGAUGUCGAUGGAGUAACAGAUAGAAACCUGGGGAAGCUGGUUCCGGGAGAUGCUCAUGAAUGUUUUGUUUCACCUGUUGCCAGAGCUGUCAUUGAACUUCUUGAAAAAUUAGGUGUCAACUUAGAUGGAAAGAAGAUCUUGGUCAUAGAGGCCCAUGGAUCUUUGGAAGCUGCCCUACAAUGCCUGUUUCAGAGAAAAGGGUGUCUGACAAUGAGCUGUCAGUGGAAAACGCCUCAGCUUCAAAGCAAACUUCAUGAGGCUGACAUUGUGGUGUUAGGCUCACCUAAACCUGAAGAGAUUCCUGUUACCUGGAUACAACUGGGAGCGGGAACUCGUUAUAUCAAUUGCUCUCAUGACUUCCUGUCAGGACCAUACUUGAGUAGGAAUGUUGGGUGUGGUUCUCCUGGGGUACAGUUUACUGGACUCAUUGAGGAAGGUACGGAAGUGAGUCUUCUUGCUGCAGCUCUGUGGAUUCAGAACAUGGUCAGCAGUGGGAGGAGAUGGUUUCGCGAGCAGCAGCACCGGAGGUGGAGGCUUCACAGCUUAAAACUUCAGCCUCUCUCCCCUGUACCAAGCGAUGAGAUUUCAAGAGGACAGACUCCAAAAGCUGUGGAUGUCCUUGCCAAGGAGAUAGGAUUGCUUGCAGAUGAAACUGAAAUCUAUGGCAAAAGUAAAGCCAAAGUACAUUUGUCCAUGCUAGAAAGGUUAAAGGAUCAAGCAGAUGGAAAAUACGUCUUAGUUGCCGGGAUCAUGCCCACCCCUCUUGGCGAAGGGAAGAGCACAGUGACGAUUGGGCUUGUGCAGGCUUUGACCGCGCACCUGAAUGUCAACUCCUUUGCCUAUCUGAGGCAGCCUUCCCAAGGACCGACUUUCGGAGUGAAAGGGGGAGCUGCAGGCGGCGGAUACGCCCAGGUCAUUCCCAUGGAGGAGUUCAACCUUCACUUGACUGGUGACAUCCACGCCAUCACUGCUGCCAAUAACUUGCUGGCUGCUGCCAUCGACACAAGGAUUCUGCACGAAAACACUCAAACAGACAAGGCUCUGUAUAAUCGGCUGGUUCCUCUAGUGAAUGGUGUCAGAAAAUUUUCAGAAAUUCAACUUGCUCUACUGAAAAAACUGGGAAUAAAUAAGACUGAUCCAAGUACCCUGACAGAAGAGGAAAUGAGUCGGUUUGCCCGUCUCAACAUUGACCCGUCCACCAUCACCUGGCAGAGAGUGGUGGAUACAAAUGACCGAUUUCUACGGAAGAUAAAGAUUGGUCAGGCCAGCACAGAGAAGGGCUAUUCGCGGCAGGUGCAGUUCGAUAUCGCCGUGGCCAGCGAGAUCAUGGCAGUGCUGGCCCUGACCGACAGCCUCACGGACAUGAAGGUGCGGCUGGGAAGGAUGGUGGUGGCCAGUGACAAAAGCAGGCCCGUGACAGCAGAAGAUUUGGGGGUGACAGGUGCUUUGACAGUUUUGAUGAAAGAUGCAAUAAAACCAACUCUCAUGCAGACCCUAGGAGGGACACCUGUUUUCGUGCAUGCUGGCCCCUUCACUAACAUUGCUCAUGGCAACUCUUCAGUGUUGGCUGAUAAAAUUGCCCUGAAACUGGUUGGUGAAGAAGGAUUUGUGGUGACUGAAGCUGGCUUUGGUGCUGAUAUUGGAAUGGAGAAAUUCUUCAAUAUCAAGUGCCGAGCUUCUGGCUUGGUGCCCAACAUGGUUGUGUUGGUGGCAAUGGUGCAAGCUCUGAAGAUGCACGGAGGUGGGCCAAGUGUCACCCCUGGUGUCCCCCUUAAGAAAGAGUAUACAGAGGAGAACAUACAGCUGGUGGCAGAUGGCUGCUGUAAUCUCCAGAAGCAAAUUCAGAUUGCUCAGCUCUUCGGGGUUCCCGUGGUGGUGGCUGUGAAUGUCUUCAAGACUGAAACCUGGGCUGAGAUAGACUUGGUGUGUGAGCUCGCGAAGCGGGCUGGUGCCUUUGAUGCAGUCCCCUGCUAUCACUGGUCGGUUGGUGGCAAGGGCUCGGUGGACUUGGCUCAGGCUGUGAGAGAGGCUGCGAGUCAACAAAGCCACUUCCAAUUCCUGUAUGAUGUUCAGCUUUCAAUUGUGGAAAAGAUAAGAACCAUUGCCCAGACCGUCUAUGGAGCCAAAGAUAUUGAACUCUCUCCUAUGGCGCAAUCCAAAAUAGAUUGUUACACUCAACAGGGCUUUGGAAAUUUGCCCAUCUGCAUGGCAAAGACCCACCUUUCUCUGUCUCACCUACCUGACAAAAAAGGUGUGCCGAAGGAUUUCGUCUUACCUGUCAGUAAUGUCCGGGCCAGCAUCGGCGCUGGGUUCAUUUACCCACUGGUCGGAAUGAUGAGCACGAUGCCAGGACUGCCCACUCGGCCCUGCUUUUAUGAUAUAGAUCUUGAUACAGAAACAGAACAAGUUAAGGCUUGUUCUAAGUGA